GUAUUUGUUGUAAAACAAUUUACAAGUGCUGUUAAACAUCUUCUCUGGCAGAACAUCGGCUUAUUUCAUCUUCUCUGGCAGAAUAUCGGCUCAUUUCUUAGUUGUAGAUCAUUCCUCUGUGGGUAUCUGUAUUUUUCUGUUUUUUGUUUUCCUUUUUUCGUUGUGGAUCUGUUUUGUUUUGCAGGAUAGGAUGGCUAUGGAAUCCCCCAAGAAGGCUUUUAGGAGGACCGAGGAAAGGCAGAGACAUCCCAUGCAAGAAAAUUCUAAUGUAGGAAGUCAUCUGAUCAGGCACAACAGUGAUAGAUUUAUUCCGGAUAGAGCUUCCAUGGAUUUCGAUGUGGCUCGGGUGUCCCUGAAUGAUGAGGAAAAAGAAAACAGUAGUUGUCCUGAUAGCCCUUGUGCCUCUCGAGAAGCUUACAGGAAACAUCUCUCUGCAACAAUGUUUCCCAAAUCGAGGAUUCUUGCUUUUCAAAACAAACCCCCUCCAGCACAAGAAGCCAUUAACAAUAGUACUCUUUACUCGUCUGCUCCUCCUCCUCCUUUUCAGCCCAAGUCCAGAACACAUCGAUACAUUCCGCAGUGCCCGGAGAAGACUCUGGAUGCUCCAGAGAUUGUGGAUGAUUACUACUUGAAUCUCAUGGACUGGGGUGAAAAAAACGUAUUAGCCAUAGCGCUUGGGGAUACCGUGUACCUGUGGGAUGCCUCAACGGGCCUUAUUUCAGAGCUGGUGAGCAUGACUGAGGAGGAGGGCCCUGUAACCAGCGUUAACUGGGCCUGUGAUGGGAGACACAUUGCAGUGGGUCUGAAUAACUGCAACGUGCAGAUAUGGGACACAGAGAGCAAUCGGCAGCUGAGGACAUUGAAAGGGCACACUGGAAGAGUUGGAUCGCUGGCAUGGAACCAGGGCCAACAUUCAAUUCUCACAUCAGGCGGUUUAGAUGCCAAGAUUUUGAACCACGAUGUCCGGGUCCGGGAGCACAUUGUGAAUGCAUACAGAGGGCAUGAACAAGAGGUGUGUGGGUUGAAGUGGUCCGAGUCUGGGCAACAACUAGCCAGCGGAGGAAAUGACAAUCUGCUGCACAUUUGGGACCAGAGGAGGAGCUUGGCCACUCACCGUUUGGAUGCCCACCAAGCUGCAGUAAAGGCAUUGGCCUGGUGCCCAUUCCAGAGCAAUUUGUUAGCAUCUGGAGGAGGAACUGCAGAUAGGUGUAUUAAAAUGUGGAAUACCCACACAGGUUCCUGCCUUAAUUCUGUGGAUACUGGCUCUCAGGUGUGUGCCCUCUUGUGGAGUAAGCACCAGAGAGAACUGCUCAGUUCUCAUGGCUAUAGCCAAAAUCAACUCACUUUGUGGAAGUAUCCUUCAAUGACCAAAAUGACCGAUCUUACUGCGCACACUUCUAGAGUACUCUAUCUAGCACAGAGUCCAGAUGGGUACACAGUGGCUUCUGCAGCAGGAGAUGAAACCCUCAGAUUUUGGCAAGUAUUCGGAGUUCCAGACACUCCAAAGAGUACUAAAACCAGUACAGCUAUUGCGGGGGGAGCUUUUAAAAAGUAUCUUACUCACAUUCGUUGAAGAAAAUAGGAGAUUUAACACAUACUCCAGGUCUCAGAUGGCUUUCUGGAAUGCUCCUAUUUCCCUUCACUUCCAGUCCAUUUCUGGACGUAGUAGACUAAUACUACGUUGAAGGGGUAUCUGAUAAGAUUCACGGUGCCUGGAGAGGGUCUCUUGAUUACUUGAACGGUGAACCUCAUGGAGUGGGGUGCACUUGUACCUGUGGGGAGGGGAGAUACAUUGCAGUUUCUAGAGUACUGGGGUGCACUUGGAAUACAGUGUACCUGUGGGGAGGGGAGAUACAUUGCAGUUAACCAUUGCAGUUGGCCAUUGCAGUUAAGCACAAUGAUUACAGUUGCACAUUUACUUACCCUGUUUUUAGUGAACCUGUGACUUCCAGUCACUUCUUGAAAAGGCUCUGUACAUUUUGGAUCAUACACAGAAGCUUUCUUAAUACUUUAUUUGUUUAUUUAUUUAAUCAAAUGUUUACACUUUUUGGAUCAUACACAGAAGCUUUCUUGAUACCUUUCUAGAGCUUCUUCCUAAAUUCUAUGUACAUCAAUUUUCAUCAUUCUUAAUCACCCUCAACAGUGAGAUGCAAAUUAAUUGUACCCAUUUUCUUCCGGAAGCUUUCCAAGUCUAGCUUUUUUGUUUGCUUAUUGUUGAAAAGCAACAAGCUCCAUGUUUCUCAGAAAAUGAAACGCUCAGUUUUGUCAACUAUUCGGAGCACAGUGGCUUCAGACACUCCAAAGAGUAGAGUACUAGAUCCAGUACAGAAAUUGCAGGGGAAGCUUUUAAAAAGUAUCUUACUCACAUUCGUUGAAGAGAAUGGGAGAUUUAAAACACAUUCUAUCCUCCAGGGUAUCAGGGUAUUUCGUUGAAGAGAAAUUUGUAUUUUUUUUUUUUUUUUUGUUCAUAUUGUUUUCUCUUCUAAGCAUUGACUGUCAAUAUCUUUUGAUGCCUGCCACAAUAUUACAUUCCCUGGUUUAUAAACACCUCCAGUUUAUUUGCAAUUGGUUAGCUCAACAGCAUUCUGCGACUGCUGAUCAGGUUGAUGGAUUGAAUAGCCUGAGUUGUACAUUUCUAGUCAUUCUCAGAAGCUUUCCUGAUAUCUUAAUUUGUUUAUUUAUUUGAUCAAAUGUUUCCACACUCAACCAGAUCCAAUAACCUGAGUACAUUUCUGAUCGCUUUUAGUAAAAACCUGAGUACAUAUUAUCCUCAGUGAUCCAUCAUUCUGCAACUGGUAAUCAGGUUGUUUGUAAAAAUUGAUGGAUGAUAUCACCCUGUUUACUUACCCUGCUUUUAAAUUGUUGUACAUUUCUGAUUAUUCUCAGAAUUUUUUUUCUCAAAUUGAAUAAGAGAGCCUUUAGGAAAAACCUGAGUACAUUAAUUUUAAUCAUCCGGAAUCACUCUCAGCGAUCCAUCAUUCUGCAACUGGUCAUUCUCAGAAUCUUUCGUGAUAUCUUAAUUUGUUUAUUUAUUUGAUCAAAUGUUUCCACACUCAACCAGAUCGAAUAACUUGAGUACAUUUCUGAUCAUUCUCAGAAGCUUUUAGUGAAAAACCCGAGUACAUAUACCCUCAGUGAUCCAUCAUUCUGCAACUGGGUCAUCAGGUUGUUUGUAAAAAUUGAUAUUGCCCUGUUUUUAAUUCCAGUCUAUUAAAAGCAAGAAAACUUCUAGAAAUUUUUUUGUACCUUUAUAAUUUUAACCAUUCAGAAUCACCCUCAGUGAUUCACCCCUCUGCGACUGGUUUCUGUAACUGGUGAUGAGGUUGUUUGUAAAAAUGAAUCUGAGAUUUCCAGUUUAUUGAAACAAGAAACUUCUAGAAAAAACUGUUUGUACAUUUCUGAUCAUUCUCAGAAGCUUUCAUGAUACCUUUAUUUGUUUAUUUAUUUGACCUACAUUAAAAUUUUAAUGAUUCGGAAUCACCCUGGUCCCUCAGUAUUGGAUAAUUCGGAAUCUACCUUUUUUGUUUGUUUAUUGAAGUAGCUACUAAAAAUAACAAGCUUCUGCAGCAGGGGGAAAUCCUCAGAUUUUGGCUAGUAUUGCCGGGGAGUUUUUAAGCUUUUAACAAUAAUACAUUAAGCACAACUCCCAGGGUUUGAGGUGCUAUAAUGCAUCAUAUUUUAUUUUCCUAUUUUAAGCACCUUGUUAUUUAUUUUUGUCCUAUUUUAUUUUCUCUUCUAACAAUCUUCAGUGGAUCGGUCUUUUAAGGCAUUGACUGUCAAUAUCCAGUGAUGUGUCUGUCGCAAUAAUGCAUUCCCUGGCGUAAACAGUAGCAAUUUGUUAGCUCAACGGCAUUCUGCCGCGCUGGUUUGUAAAAAUUAAGGAUGAUAUCAGCCGCCUUUCAACUGACAGAAUUCUCAGACGAUAAUUUCUUCUGUAAGAAUUCUCAGAUGAUAAUUUAAAAAUCUGUUAUUUCUAUUUCUUCUGAAUUUAACUGUGUGGAAUUUAUAUGUUGCAUAUAGAUCGAAGAAGAAAUAACAAACAUAUUUUUAUGGAUUGUGGAAAUUUCAAGUAAUUUUUAUAUUAAAUCAAUGUAAUUAGAAUCUCUAUUAUUCAUCAUCAAGAUAUAUUUUUUUAUAAUUUAGAAAAUAAUAAUAAUUAAUAUUUUAUAUUUACGCAGAAGGAGUCUGUUAUUUGAAUCAACGGUUAAAAGUUGUUUACAGGUACUUGCAAGACGAUAGAAUAAGUCUAUUUAUUUUUGUUUUUCGUAAUCUGUUUUCGAUCAUUUUAAUUACCGAUGUUUGACAUGAUAUCAUUGGUUAAGAGAGUUUCUCAACUUCGUACCAAACAAGACAAACCUCGGCAAUGUUUAUUUUUUGUUGACUGGGGCAAGCGGGCAUUAACUCCAAGCACGUAUGUAUUAUUAGUUAUCCUGCCCAAUGUGCAUUUCAUUUUUUGAUGUAGUCAAUCAUGAGCUAGUAUUUUUAUAUUUUUCCAUGCAUUUCUAUAGUCAAAUGUGAGGCACAAUUUAUCUUAAGUUUUUAAAUAUUAUUUUCCAUUUUUUCUAUUGGUCCUCUCUGCAAUGCAAACAGUCAUUGCAGAAAAUGUAUUUUUGAAUUCUUUUUAUUUAGUUAUUAGGCAACAUUUUCAACCAUCCGAAAAAAUAAUAAUUUUCUUCUUCCAUAAUAUAAAACAAAAAAAUCUUCUGAAAUGUUCUUUCAUUGAAUGCAUUCUAUUGUGGCUAGAGUAGAAAAGACAUGUGUUGGCCUUUUGCCAUAUGCACAUUCAAUGCGUAAUAAAUUGAUUUUUUUGACAAAUGUGUAUAGAUUGAAUAUGUAGUAUUCGUACAUUUAACUUUUUGCAACGGCGGUAAUAAUAUUACUCACAUGCCCUGUCCAUUCAUUCCAUUAUUGAAUGAAGAAGAUUUUUAAAGCUGUGGUUGGCAAUAUUUAUUACCCAUUUCUAGAGUGAUCAUCAUUUCUAUUCUCCCGGGUUUAUUCAAGCUCUCUCAUUUUUCAGUUUUGCAAAAUAUAUUGCAGGUUUCAUGCUCUGAUAACUGCUUUUAAGUUAUUGUGUUUUUGCAAGUUUUUGUGUUGGAUUCAUGUCUCUUCACUUUGCUAAACAAUAUUCCUAUCUUUUGCAAACUUGUUGAAGAGCAUACUUGUUGUUUGAAGUGAUGUUCGUGCAGAAACAGACAGAAAAGAGGUAUGACAUUGUUUCAAUACGGUUGUAAAUUUCAUAUUUGGUUCUCCUGUUCUUGGCCCGUGGAGGCUUCGAAACAACCCUUAGGCUAUUGUUCUUGGCCUGUCUUGAUAGCUUGGCAUGACCCUAUAGUAGCAAAGUCUCUAGACUGAUCGCAUUGUGGAUAGAUUUGCAAAGUCUUGUCUUCUAUGAAAUUUAGUUUUGUCCAUAUGGGAAGAUAAGAUAGAGUGUAUGAAGCUUGUUUAGUUAUCCAUGGAGGAUAGGGAGCUUGAGAUAUGGUUUUAGGCUCGAUCAGCAAUGGGUUUUCUUUUGUUUGGUCUUUCGAAAGAUCUACUCCAAGAUACCCUUUCCAAAUGCUCCAAUGUACUCCCCCAUUGUCUAUAGGCUUCACAAUCUUGUAUGAGGUGAUUGGGAUAAUGUGCUUUCCAUAGAGACUGUAAUAACUAUAUCUUCUUCUCUUUCCACCUACCUUUCUCAUUCUAUGGCCUUGUCAUUAUAGAUUCAUUCCUCUUCCAAAUUAACUGAAAUAAAAGUUUGUAUAUUAGUGAAUUCAUUGCACGGGCUCAUUCCACGUACCACGUUUGUAGGAGUUUUUAUAUUUGAAAAAUUAUAUAGAUUUCAUUUGUAAAUUUGUGCAUGGACUCCCAUUGUGCGCUAACUCCCAUCG